AUGGCUGAACCCUCUCGUCGGAAGAUUCCUACCCACAGAAGGACUGCAUCUCAUGCCUCUCAACACUCAACUGCACCUAGGACUACCUCCAUUGAAGGAUGGAUUUCAGAUGAAGACAGAAGAUCUAAAUUCAUCACAUUGUGGAAAGACAAGCCCCUCAUCACUCCGAAAUUCAUCCAGUCUCAAUGGUUUGUCAAUCGCCAUUUCACAAUUCCUAAUUUUCUUACUGAACAAGGGGUCAAAUUCUUCACAAAGAUGGAUGGCACCUACUACCCCGAUUUGAUUAAUGGAGUUUCGGAUGAUGCAAUCCGCUUGAGGCUUUUUCCUUUCUCAUUACGGGAUAAAGCUAAAAGUUGGCUUCAAACACAACCUAAAGGCAGUAUUUCUACAUGGGAAGAUAUGGCUACAAAAUUUGUAACCAAAUACUUUGCUCCAUCCAAGUCAGCGAGAAUGAGGAAUGAAAUCACUACUUUUGUGCAACAAGAAACUGAAUCGUUGUACGAGGCUUGGGAAAGGUACAAGGAGCUACUGAGGAAAUGUGCACAUCAUGCUUUACCAGAUUGGUUGCAAGUCCAAAUAUUCUAUAAUGGUCUUGCACCAUCUUUUAAGGCAAUUCUGGAUGCGUUUGAUUGGCAAAAUAGAAAAUUUGUUUUGGAGGUUAAUACCUUGGAUGCUAUCCUUGCCCAAAACAAGUUGUUAACACAAAAAAUUACUGAGCUGACGCAAAAGUUGGGUAAUAUGCAAGCAAAUACAGUUAAUACAACGUCUCUUCUAUGUGAUUUUUGUGGAGGAAUGCAUCAAAAUGGUGAGUGUAAAGUAACUCAACAAGAGGCGCAGGUGAAUGGAAUGGGUCAACAACAAAAUCAGUUUGCUAAUAAUUUUUCAAAUUGGAGGAGCCCACCAAACACACCUUGGAGUGGUUCGAAUGAAUCCAAUCAACCAAGGCCUCCUUAUCAAUAUCAAGCACAAUCUAGUAACCAAGGAAACAAGAUGUCUACUUUGGAUAGUGCUGUGGAGAAAUUAACUAUGCAAACCUCAACAUUUGUGGAGCAGACUUCUAAUUUCAUGAAUGAGACAAGGACUAAUCUCAAGAAUCAAGAAGCUUCAAUCCGGAAGAUGGAGAAUCAAAUUGGUCAGCUUUCACGACAAAUCUCGGAGAGAUCUCUUGGAACAUUCCCUAGUGACACCAUUCCAAAUCCAAAGGAGCAAUGUAAGGCAAUUCAAUUGAGGAGUGGGAGGUUGGUAGAAAAUGAGAAAAAAAGUGAUGUGGGUAGUGAGAAAAAUGCACAAGGAGAUGAGAUUGUAAAAGAGAGUGAAAAAGGAAAAAUGAGAGAAUAUGUUCCUACUAUUCCAUUCCCUCAAAGGUUGAAGAAGAAAGAUUAA